AUGGAAAAGCUACCAUUUACUCCAUUGCCACCUUAUAAUCGGAUCAAGUUACGAGAAAGCAAACGUUGACGCAUAGUAUACACUAGUUUUGUCUCAUUGCAAUAUUGGGUAUGUUCCGAUAUACACUGCGAGCACUGCGCAGUGGUCUUACUGCUGAAAAAUCCGUUCCGUUAUGGACUGCCAGUACACUGCUACAGUACCGUAGGGAAAUUUAUGACGUCAUGAAUUGCCGCCAUAUUUGUACUGUGAGCACUGGAGGUUUCGAGGUAAGGUGCUCGCAGUGCUUUUGACCACGUGAUCAGUCGAAACAGAUAAAAUAAAAUACUUACGUUUAUUAUAAGAUGGAUUUAAUUGAAAAAUAUUUUUUUUAUACAAUUUUCCAAUUUUAUAAUAUUUUCUUUUGAAAAGAGGGAAUCUUUAUAUUUAUAUUCACCUUGCAUUAACAAAUUUGAAAAUGGCGCCAAAAAUAGGAUUAACAGUAUACUGGACUGCGUUCCGUUUUAAAAAGUCACCAGUAUGACUAACUAUAAAGGAACGGGCUUCCGGUAUACUAAAUUGACGUCAUACUGUUCAGUGGUCGCAGUGUAUAUCGGAACAUACCCAUUAUAAAUCGUUUUCGGUAAAGUAAUAUAUUGUCUACGCGUUAGUUACUUAAUAUGAGUUGUUUAUUAAGUUUUGAAAUUUAUUUACUUCUAAACAUGAAAGACAACCGGAUGUGUUGUCAUUGGGAAAUCAAGAACGUACCGUAGCGACAUCUAGUUUGAUUUCGGGAACUAAUUUUUUUUUAAUACUUCCUCAUUACUAAAAAAAAUAGAAUAUCCGAUGAAUUUGCCACGGGCCUUAAACAGUAUAGUUACGCCACUGCCAAUCAAAUACAUAUACAUAACACAUAGCUUGUACAUUUUACUGACUGGUGCGAUUCGGAAUAAAUAUUAUUCUUAAAUCUCAAAUUAUUUUAUAACAUUGCAGGAUAAACAGGCUAAGUUUCGAAAAAUCCUUGAAGAAAAGGCCACCGAAAGAAAAGUAGAGAUAGCACGUCCCCUUUUGGAGCGGUGCGAACGUGAUCGACUUGAGAUAUCACAGUCGAGGCACAUCGCUGUUUUACGAGAGUGUGCUGAGAAAAUACAACCACCACCUAUGCUAAAAUCUUGGGAGAGAAAAAUAUAUGGAUUAAUUCCAUCGAAAUAUCGCCAAGCUUUUCCAACUCUUACGGAUGAACUGAUUAACGAAAGCAAAGCCGAAUGGAACCGAAAUCUGCAUGAUCUCGCUGUUAAGACUGUUAUUCGUGAUGUACCCGGAGUUUCCCGUAAACGAUAUCAAGAACCUUAUUUUAAAUUCCAUGGAGUUACACCUAAUUAUGAAAAAAUGCUUAAGCACAGAAACAAACUUCAAGAUGGUUCGUUGUUGUUACAUCCUUUUAUAAGACUCGUUCUCGAAUCAUCAGAGAAAACUUUUCCAGCGUGUAUCAUCAAAUUGGCAAAUUACAGGGCCAAGGGACCAAUAGAUUUAGAGCAGUUUCUAAAUAAGAUAAUGGAAGAGAUCAAACGUGCUGACUACCUAGUGUCAAGUACGUGGUAUGCCAUAUUAGUGCACUGGUUGAAAAAUCCAAGGUGUUUGAAAGGCAUGCGACCCAAAAAGAUACCGGAUUUCGUAAGAUGUGCAACUAAGAUGAUAUCUAUGCAGAUACAAGAAUUAAUGCGUAGGUCCAUUGAUGCUUUAAUAGAGGCUCUUAAAGAUCCUGAGUCUGUUCCUAUUCUGAAUAUCGACUUAGACUUUGAUGGCGAUUUUUUCUACGAUCCAUCAUUAGAAACUGUGUUCAAAGCUUAUCAUGAUAUUGCCAACGCCAUAUCACACAUAUCACAGAGACUUAUGCCUAUUGAACAAUAUCUUAAAAUACCCUAUACCCAUGAUGCUUUACCAGUAAAUUAUAAUGAAUGGCUAUUUGAAGAUGGUCAUAGACGAUUACAAGAUCAACUAAAUGAAGUUUUCGCUCCAUUACUUAAAUAUACAGAUCGUUUGAGACAAGAAUAUUCUAUGUUGUAUGGUACUCCAGCAAAAGAGGCCUUAUUAACUUUCAUUGAAGAAGCAAUUGAAUUUGAAGAAAGCCGCGAUAAAAUCAAAUACUUUCAAGAAAUCGAUUCUGAAAUAACAGCUGUCUUAGAAAAUGAAUAUUUUAACUGCGCUGUCGUUUGUCAAUUAAGAAUGGUAGAUGGAUUAAAACGUAAAGCUUUAGAAUUCAUAAAUGAUAUCAUUGCUGGAAUAGUUAAAACUCACAUGGAUGAAAAUCAUAGUAUAUGCACAGAGUUUGAAAUUAUAGCAGCUAAAGCAUUAAAAGAACCUGAAAAUGCAGCUGAACUUGUUGAACAGGGAAUUUAUAUUUUACACGCUAAAACUGUUUUGGUCGAAGCACUUAAAGAACGCAUUCUUAGGCAAAUCGAAAUAAUUUCAAAUCUUUUAGAAAUGACCUCUCUUACGAAAGAACAUGUUGCAUCAAAUACACGAACUGUGAAUUGGUUAAAAGAUAUUAAACCUAUUUUUGAUAAAAAUGCUGCCGCUUAUGAAACGUUUAAAGCCGAAAUGGAAGAUAAUCUGUUGGGUAAAAUUGCUUAUCUUAAUAAAGAAGUUGUGGAAAUGACGCCCUAUUUGGAACUUCUUGAUAACAUGGAUGACGUUAAUCAUACUCAUGAAUAUUUGGAAUAUUUAAGAAAGCUAGUCCAUCGCUUAGCUGAUUGUGAUAAAUUAGUCGUAUGGAUAAAUAACGAGGAAGCUACUUUUAAGUUCCCUAUAACAAGUUAUCCAGAUUUAGAAGAAUUAAAGGAUUACAUAUUACCAUUUUACAGUCUCAUACAUUUAGUUCAUCGCUGGAAAAGGAGUUAUUAUACUUGGUUGGAUGGAGUUUUUGAAUAUUUAGAUCAUAAUCAAAUUGAACAAGAUCACGACUUCUACUAUAAAGAAUUUUUGAAAUUAUCAAAAAACUUUAAGAAUAAAAUUAAACAGCAAAUUGCUGAAGGAGUUGAAAAAAGAUUCCAAGGAUUAGUAGAUGAUCCUGACGUUAACAACUUACCGGCUCCAUUGAAAUUAUGUGCUCAAGCCAUAGCCGAAAUAAAAGAAUGGAGACCCAACGUUCAAAUGGGACAUAUUAUGUGUAAUCCAGCAUUGGUGCAACGACACUGGGAUGAAAUGUCAGGUAUAGCUGGUUUUGACUUGACACCUACUGCAGGUACAACCUUAAGAAAAAUUAUUGAAUUCAAUUUGUGGAGUGAGAUAGAUCAAUAUGAAAUUAUCAGUGUUGCAGCCACAAAAGAAUUAGCUUUAAUAACUAACCUAAAUAAGAUGAUAGCAGAAUGGACAGAUAUUUGUUUUAAAACGAGUCCAUAUAAAGAUACUGGAAUAUUUAUUUUAUCGGGACUUGAUGAUAUACAGAGCGUUUUAGACGAUCAUAUAGUAAAAACAGUAGGCAUGCGGGGAUCCGCUUUUGUAAAACCAUUCGAAGCUCAAGUAAGGACUUGGUAUGAAAAAAUUGUAAGAGUCAAUUCUACUAUAGAUGAAUGGGGUAAAGUACAAAGUCAGUGGUUAUACUUAUUACCUAUCUUUUCAUCAAAAGAUAUUGUAGCUCAAAUGCCAGAAGAAGGUGUAAUGUUUGUUGAGGUAAAUAAUAUUUACCGCCGAUAUAUGGGUUCAGUUGACAAAGACCCACAUGCUCUAGAAUUGGCUUCGGGUUUAGGUGUUCUAGAAUCCUUCAAAAUUGCUUCGGGAAUGCUAGAAAAAAUUAAUGAUGGUGUUAACAAUUACUUAGAAAAGAAAAGAUUGUAUUUUCCUAGAUUCUUCUUUUUAUCGAAUGACGAAAUGUUAGAAAUAUUGUCCGAAACAAAGAAUCCAUUAAAAGUGCAACCUCAUUUGAAGAAAUGUUUCGAAGGAAUCAAUAGAUUGGUAUUUGAUGAAGAAUUUAAUAUUUCAUCCAUGAUUUCAAUGGAAGGAGAGCAAAUUGAAUUUUUAGAAAUAAUUAGUGUAGCUGCUGCUCGAGGUUCGGUAGAAAAAUGGUUGGUUCAAGUAGAAGAGCAAAUGCUUAAAGCUGUUAAAUAUGAAACAGAAUUAUCCUACUAUGAAUACCCUACUAUGGGAAGAGCAGAGUGGAUAUUAUCUUGGGAAGGUAUGGUAGUAUUAGCUAUAUCGCAAAUUUAUUGGGCUAUUGAUGUUCAUGAAGCAUUAAACACACACAAAUUAAGUGAGUUGCAAGCGUUUCACACAAGCCUAACAAAACAACUGAAUGAAACAGUUGCAAUUAUACGGCGCACAGAUCUUAGCAAACUGAGUAGUAUUACUGUAAAAGCUUUAAUAGUAAUUGAUGUACACGCCAAAGAUGUCAUUUUUGAUCUGGUUAAUAAAAAUGUCACAGAGGUAACCGAUUUCCAAUGGCUAUCACAGUUACGAUAUUAUUGGGAAGAGGAAAGGGUAUUUGUUAAAAUUAUUAAUGCUGUUGUCAACUACGCAUAUGAAUAUUUAGGAAAUUCUGAUCGAUUAGUGAUAACACCCCUAACUGAUCGAUGUUAUCGCACGUUAAUAGGAGCAUAUUACCUUCAUCUAAAUGGUGCACCAGAGGGGCCAGCUGGUACAGGUAAAACUGAAACAACUAAGGAUUUAGCCAAAGCACUUGCUGUACAAUGUGUAGUCUUUAACUGUUCAGACGGAUUAGACUAUAAAGCUAUGGGCAAAUUCUUUAAAGGACUAGCUUCUUGUGGCGCUUGGGUUUGCUUCGAUGAAUUUAAUCGAAUUGAAGUCGAAGUGUUAUCAGUGAUAGCUCAACAAAUAUUGUGUAUUGUUCAAGCAGUAAGGCAAAAAAUGGAAUUUUUCGAUUUUGAAGGAACGACUUUAAAGCUAAAUCCCGCUUGUUAUGUAUGUAUAACUAUGAACCCUGGUUAUGCAGGUAGGUCCGAGUUACCAGAUAAUUUAAAAGUAUUAUUCCGAACUGUUGCGAUGAUGGUUCCAGACUAUGCAAUGAUCGGAGAAAUCUCUUUGUACUCAUUUGGUUUCAUGGAUGCUAGAAACUUAUCUGUAAAAAUUGUAACUACAUAUCGCCUAUGUUCGGAACAGUUAUCAUCUCAAAAUCAUUAUGAUUAUGGAAUGAGAGCGGUGAAAACAGUAUUGUCUGCUGCUGGAAACUUGAAAAGGGCUUUUCCAGUCGAAAAUGAAAGCAUUUUACUUUUAAGAUCUAUUACCGACGUUAAUUUGCCCAAAUUUUUAUCCUUUGAUGUACCUUUAUUUGAAGGAAUUAUAUCUGAUUUAUUUCCUGGGAUUUCUUUACCUAAACCGGAUUAUGUAAAUUUUUUGAAUGCUUGUAAUGAUGCAUGUGAAACGAAUUGUCUACAGCCAAUGGAGUGUUUCCUCAUUAAAGUUAUUCAAACAUAUGAAAUGAUGAUCGUAAGACACGGAUUUAUGUUAGUCGGUGACCCUUUUUCUGGUAAAUCGAUGACUUUAAAAAUUUUAUCUGAAGCAUUGACUUUAAUGGAAGAAAGAAACCAGCCAGGUGGUUGUCAGUGUACCUAUAAAGUGCUGAAUCCAAAAGCUGUCACAAUGGGACAAUUAUAUGGAGCUUUUGAUCCUAUAUCUUACGAGUGGACUGAUGGCAUAGUUGCAACAAUGUUUAGAGAUUUCGCUUCAGAAGAUACUCCAGUUAGGAAAUGGAUAGUGUUUGAUGGACCAGUUGAUGCAGUAUGGAUAGAAAACAUGAAUACGGUAUUGGAUGACAAUAAAAAGCUUUGCUUAACAUCAGGUGAAGUCAUGGCAAUGUCGAACGUAAUGUCUAUGAUAUUUGAAGUUAUGGAUCUUUCUCAAGCAUCGCCUGCUACUGUCUCCAGAUGCGGUAUGAUCUAUAUGGAAUCAGCUUCAUUUGGAUUUAUGCCUUUCUAUAAAUCAUGGCUUAAAAAUUUAAAUCCUAUAUGGCUAGAGGAAAAUGAAGAAUAUAUUUUUAAUAUGUGCGAGUGGUUAUUUGAUCCUCUAAUUUAUUAUAUUAGACGGACAUGUAUACAACUUGUUACUGCGGGAGAGGUCAAUUUAGUAAUGAGUACACUCAAUUUAGUCGAAAUGUUAAUGGACAAUGCCAUAGAAGGUGAAGAAGAUACAAAAUAUACUAGAACUUGGUUUGUGGCAUCUUUUAUGACCGCUCUUAUUUGGGGAUUGGGAGGGAUAUUGAAUACAGACUCACGAGAAAAGUAUGACGACUUAGUUAAAGAAUAUUUUAGAGGAGAAAAUGGUAUUCCACCCGAAAUAGAUAGAAUAGAUGUUUCUAUUCCAAGCGAAGGUUUGCUUAUUGAUCAUUACUAUAUGUACAAAGGUAAAGGCUGUUGGAAACUAUGGCCUGAAGCAGUUAAGGCUGUACAAGUAAAAGAACAAAUAAAUCUUUUACAAACUGUUAUUCCCACCUUAGAAACAGAAAAAUACAUAUUUCUUUUGAAUAUACAUACGAAAUUUACAAAGCCUUUACUGCUCAUAGGUCCUACGGGAACAGGGAAAAGCUUCUACGUACAAAACUUUUUAAUGAAUUAUCUUGACAUGGAUAAAUAUACCCCAGGAUUUAUUACUUUUACAACCACCACUUCUGCAAAUCAAACGCAGGAGCUAGUUAUCUCAAAAUUAGUUAAAAGAAGGAAAAAUAAUUAUGGCCCCACAAAAGGUAAGCAAGCCAUAAUAUUUAUUGAUGAUAUGAAUAUGCCUGUUAAGGAAGUAUACGGUGCACAGCCGGCUAUUGAACUAUUAAGAUUAUACUUUGACCAAAAGCAUUGGUACGAUUUAAAAACCACUGAAAAAUUGUAUAUUUAUGAUACUAUUUUUUACGGGGCUAUUGGUCCGGUAGGUGGCAGUCGGCAACUGAUAUACCCAAGAAUGCUGCGACAUUUUAAUAUUUAUUCAAUCAAUGAAUUUUCAAAAGAAAGUAUGACUAAAAUAUUUACUUCUUUGUUGCAACUUGGGUGGAGAAGAAAUGGUUUCGGCCAAGAUACACAAGUGUAUAUUGUUAAUAUUAUUGCCGCGACUAUGGAAAUAUAUGAUCAAGCAACUGAAGGACUAAGACCAACACCUGCCAAGUCUCAUUACAUCUUCAAUUUAAGAGAUUUUUCUAGGGUUAUCCAAGGAUGCGCAUUGCUACGCAAAGAAUCUGCUGAUAAUAAAAAAACUUUUACAAGAGUUUGGGUGCAUGAAAUCAUGAGAGUAUUUUAUGAUAGAUUAAUUGACGAUAGCGACCGUGCUUGGUUCUUUGAUAUUCUAAAAAAAUGCACUCGAGAUUUUAUGAAGGAAACGUUUGAAUCAGCUUUAGAACCGUAUCUAGAAGAAAAUGGUUUAGUCAGUAUGGAAAGUAUAAAAAAGAUGAUGUUUGGCUGCUACUUAGAUACAGAAAGUUUAGAGGGCGAGAGAAAAUAUGAGGAAUUGCCUAACAAAGAAGCCCUUUUGAAUGUCGCAAUUGCUAUGUUGGCUGAAUAUAAUACUAUGCAUAAAGCUAAAAUGACUAUUGUUCUAUUCGAUUAUGCACUGGAACAUCUGUCUAAAAUAUGCCGACUUUUGUCUAUGCCGUCAGGUAACGCGUUAUUAGUUGGAGUGGGUGGUUCUGGUCGACAAUCAUUAACACGAUUAGCUAGCACUAUCUUAGGACAACAAGUGUUUCAACCAGAAAUCACAAAAUCAUACAAUAUAAAAGACUGGCAUGACGAUAUAAAAUUGGUACUGCGGGAGUCGGGAGGAUUAAACAAGGAUACUACAUUUUUAUUUACAGAGAGUCAAAUAAAAGAAGAAACAUUUAUACAAAACCUUGACAGUUUAUUAAAUUCAGGUGAAGUUCCAAACUUAUAUGGUUUAGAUGAAAAACAAGAAAUACUUGAACUUGUCCGACUUGCCGCUCAAGGAGGAAAUAGGAAUCUUGACAUAAGCCCACUUCAAAUUUUGGCAUUUUUCGUUGGAAGAUGCAAAGCUAAACUACAUGUAGUUUUAUGUUUUAGUCCCAUAGGGAAUGCGUUUCGUACAAGGCUGAGAUUAUAUCCUUCUUUAGUAAAUUGUUGCACAAUUGAUUGGUAUGAUAGCUGGCCAGAAGAUGCUCUGGAGAUGGUUGCUCACCAUUACAUGAUUAAAGUUAAUGUCCCUGACAAAGUAAAAUUAGCCGCCGUUAUAGCAUGCAAACAAUUUCAUGUUGAUGCACGAUACGUAUCCGACGACUUUUAUAAGCAAUUUGGCAGAAAAACGUAUAUCACAUCAGCAUCAUAUUUGGAUUUAAUUAAAUCUUUUACAUCAUUAACAAAUAAAAAACAAAGGGAGCUAAGAGCAGCUAAACUACGAUAUACAAAUGGUUUGGAUAAACUUGAACAAGCUGCUGAGGCAGUAGCAGUUAUGCAAAAGGACUUGAAUGCUUUAAAACCACAGCUUAUAGUAAUGGCUGCCAAAUCUGCAAAGAUGAUGGAAGAAAUUGAAAAAGAAACUAGUAUCGCUGAUAAAGCUGCAGCACAAGUAAGAGAGGAUCAAAAAGUUGCAAAUGUACAAGCGGCAGCCGCUCAAGAGCUAAAAAAAGAUUGUGAGGCAGAUUUGGCACUUGCUUUACCUAUAUUGGAAGAUGCCAUUGCAGCGUUAAAUACUCUAAAACCAGGUGACAUUACUAUUGUCAAGUCGAUGAAAAAUCCACCAGCUACAGUUAAAUUGGUAAUGGCAGCUGUUUGUGUUAUGAAAGGUAUUCCCCCGGAUAAAAUACCAGAUCCUGACAAUCCGGGGAAAAAAAUGUUUGACUAUUGGGGACCAAGCAAAAGAAUUCUUGGUGACAUGAGCUUUUUAGAGUCUUUAAAAAGUUAUGAUAAAGACAAUAUACCUGUGGCCACCAUGCAAAAAAUAAGAAAAGAAUAUUUAUCUAACAAAGAUUUUAAACCCCAUAUCAUCGCUAAAGCUUCUACAGCAGCUGAAGGGUUAUGCAAAUGGAUUAUCGCUAUGGAUAUGUACGAUGCAGUUGCAAAAGUUGUAGCUCCAAAAAAGGCCAAACUAAAUGCCGCGGAAAGAGAAUUUGCAGAAACAAUGGCUAUUUUAGAAGAAAAAAAAGCGACUGUUGCGCGUUUGGAAGCCAAACUAGCGGAACUCAAUGCAGCGUUAGAAGAAGCCAAUAUUCAAAAGAAAGCUUUAGAAGAUGAAGUUCAGUUAUGUAUAGAUAAAUUGUUUAGAGCUGAAAAGCUAAUUGGAGGUUUAGGUGGCGAAAAAGUUCGAUGGACAGCAGCUGCUGAAAAUUUACAAAAGUUAUUUGAUAAUUUAGCAGGCGAUAUUCUAGUUUCAUGUGGUAUUAUAGCAUAUUUAGCUCCUUACACUUCACCGAUUAGAAUAAAAAUUAUAGAUAAAUGGCGUGAUUUAGUAAUCACAUUAGCUAUGCCACACUCCGAGCAGUUUAUAUUCAAAGAUGUUUUAGGAACUGAUAUUAAGAUUCAAAAUUGGUGCAUUGCGGGUUUGCCACGAGAUUCAUUUUCCAUAGAUAAUGGCAUAAUCCAAGAUAAUUCCAUGAGAUGGUCUUUGUUGGUUGAUCCUCAAGGACAAGCAAACAAAUGGAUAAAGACAAUGGAAAAAUCAAAUGAUCUCCAGGUAUUAAAAUUCACAGAUGGAAACUAUAUGAAGGUAAUAGAAACAUGUUUAGAAUAUGGUAAACCAGCUUUAAUUGAUUGUAUUUUAGAAGACGUAGAAGCUCCCUUAGAUCCUGUUUUACUCAAACACACAUAUAUGCAAGGCGGUAAAGAGUAUAUUGCAUUAGGAGAAAAUGUUAUAGAAUACCAUCCCAAUUUUAGGCUUUAUAUGACAACUAAAUUGCGAAACCCACAUUACUUGCCCGAAGUCUUCAACAAAGUAACCUUGAUAAAUUUUGCUCUUACUAAAGAUGGUCUAGAAGAUCAACUUCUGGGAAUCGUAGUUGCAAAAGAAAGACCAGAUCUACAAGAAAAAAGAGAAAAAUUAAUUGUUCAAGGAGCAGCGAAUCGGGCUGCCCUUAAGCAAGUAGAAGAUGACAUAUUACGUACCUUACAAGAAACAAAAGGUGAUAUUUUGGAGGACGAAUCAGCUAUUGAAGUCUUAGAUUCAUCCAAAAUAUUAUCAAUUGACAUAAUGAAAAAACAGGAGGCUAGUUUAGAAACCGAAAUUAUUAUAGAAAAAUUUCGACUGGGAUAUAGACCGAUAGCAUCCCAUUCUGCAGUUUUAUAUUACUGUGUUACCGAAUUACCAAACGUAGAUCCUAUGUAUCAAUAUUCUCUAACAUGGUUUAUUAAUUUAUAUAUUAUCUCAAUCGAAAACGCUAAUAAAUCUAAGGAUUUAGAUAAAAGAUUAAAGUUUUUGAAAGACACUUUUACGUAUAAUUUGUAUAGUAAUGUAUGCAGAUCUCUUUUUGAUAAAGACAAACUAAUGUUUUCAUUCAUAAUGUGUUCUAAGAUGAUGUUGUCUACUGGAGAAAUGAGUCAUGAAGAGUAUUUGUUUUUAAUAACUGGUGGUAUUGCUAUUGAAAAUCCAUUUAAGAAACCGCAGGAUUGGAUACCUGAUAAAAUGUGGGAUGAAGUAUGUCGUUUAACUGACCUUUCGGCUUUCAAUGGAUUUAAAGAAAAUUUUUUGAAAAUUAUCAAUAAAUGGAAAGAAGUGUAUGACGAUUUAGAACCUCAUAAUAAAGUUUUACCCGGCGGCUGGGAUGACAAAUUGUCACAGUUUCAAAAAUUGCUUGUCAUAAGAGUUCUUAGACCAGAUAAAUUAACAAUAGCAAUGUCCGAUUUCGUUGAAAAACAAAUGGGCCGAAAGUACAUAACACCACCUCCCUUUGAUAUAGGUAAAUCUUUUGGUGAUUCUAACUGUCUUGCUCCUUUAAUAUUUAUAUUAUCUCCAGGUUCAGACCCAAUGGGAGCUUUAAUAAAAUAUUGUGAAAGAAUGGGAUACUCACAUCGUUUUAAUUCAAUUUCUCUAGGACAAGGUCAAGGUCCAAUAGCUAGGGCAAUGAUUGAGAGGGCUCAAUUAGAAGGAGGUUGGGUCUGUUUGCAAAAUUGUCAUUUAGCAGUUUCGUGGCUACCAGUUUUAGAAAAAAUUGUAGAGGGUUUUGAUUUAACAAAUACAGAUUUGAGUUUUAGAUUAUGGCUCACUAGUUAUCCUUCUGAUAGAUUUCCACAGUCAGUUUUGCAAGUGGGUGUAAAAAUGACCAAUGAACCGCCAACAGGACUACAACAUAAUUUAUUUAGAUCUUACAAUUCGGAACCUUUAAAGGAAGCGGAAUUUUUUGAAGGAUGCCCUGGUAAAGAUAAACCGUUUAGCAAGUUGUUAUAUGGUAUUAGCUUUUUCCAUGCCGUUGUUCAAGAAAGAAAAAAGUUUGGCCCAUUAGGAUGGAAUAUUCAGUACGGUUUCAACGAUUCUGAUUUCCAAAUAUCUAUAAUGCAAUUGCAAAUGUUUUUGAAUCAAUAUGAAGAGAUACAAUAUGUGGCAAUAAAAUAUUUAACAGGAGAAUGUAAUUAUGGUGGCCGAGUAACUGAUGACUGGGAUCGAAGAUUAAUUGUAACUAUUUUAGACGCAUAUGUGAAUCCUGGAGUUGUUAAUGACCCUAACUAUUUAUUUUGCGACAUUGGACCACAAUACGGACUUCCACGUAGAUGUGAAUAUCAAGAUUAUUUGAAACACAUCGAAACAGUACCUGUUAAUCCACCUCCAGAAGUGUUUGGCCUUCACAUGAACGCAGGCAUAACUCGUGAUUACACUAUCUCAAUGGCUUUGACUGCAGCGUUGGUCCUAGUGGAAGGUGCAGGAAGUAGCGGUGAAGGUGGUAAUACUGAACAGAUUCUUAUGCAAAUGGCAUCUGAAAUUUUGACGAAGUUGCCACCGAGCUUUGAUAUUGAAAUUGCACAAAAAAAAUAUCCAGUUGAUUACAAUGAAUCAAUGAAUACAGUACUUGUGCAAGAAAUGGAACGAUUUAAUAAGUUACAUAAAGAAGUUAAAUCAUCUUUAUUAGAUUUACAAAAGGCGGUGAAGGGUCUUAUCGUUAUGUCACCAGCAUUAGAUAAUCAAGCAAAUGCUAUGUUACUUGGUCGGAUCCCGACAAAUUGGCAAAAGGUAUCCUACCCAAGCUUAAAACCUCUACCCAGUUACGUCGCAGACUUUAUUGAACGCUUGUUAAUGUUAGAAGAUUGGUACCAAAACGGAAAACCUUCCACGUUCUGGUUAUCUGGUUUCUUUUUCACACAAGCAUUUCUUACUGGUUCUGUUCAAAAUUUUGCUAGAUCGAAAAAGAUUCCUAUAGACUUGUUAGUAUUCGAUUUUGAAGUACGUAAAGUCGAUUACGAACAGGUGCCACCUGCAUCUGGAGUUUAUGUUAUAGGUCUUUUUAUGGACGGCGGCCGCUGGAAUCGAAAUAAGUACGCGAUAGAUGAGCAACACCCAAAAAUAUUAAACGACAAUAUGCCUGUUCUAUGGUUAUAUCCUAAAUUGAAAUCGGAAUUUCAAGAAGGUACGCGAUACAAGUGUCCUUUGUACAAAACGCUAGAAAGGAAAGGUGUUUUAGCAACAACAGGUCAUUCUUCUAAUUUUGUAUUAGCCUUUUAUUUGCCGUCUGAUAAACCUUCAGCUCAUUGGAUUAAAAGAAGUGUCGCCUUGUUGCUCCAACUUGAUAAUUAAUCAUUUAAAUAUCUACUACUAUUUCUAUUCGUAGAGAUUUACUGAACUAAGACUAUGAAUUUAUAGUUUUCUAAUCGUUUACCAAAAUGUUGAUGUGUUAACAUCCCGCUAUAAUCAUUUUUCCUACGUUUGUUUAUUGUAGU